UGUGGAGCGGGACUGCGGGAGCCGCGCAGUUGGUCGUUCUGUUUUGCGUGACCAAAUUCUUUAGUACAUGCUUAACGAUUCGUGUACCUAACGGCUUGCGGAGGAUGUCAAUAACGGAAGAAGAACGUGCGACAGUCGCGAAAGUUGCUGCGUCCUUAGGGGCCCUUCCCCCAGAUGAACCAGAGGCAGCAGCAAAUGUUCAAGCCAAAUUACUGAAAUAUGAGCAGCGAUACCAGGAGGAGAUGCGUGCUGGGAUCAGAAAAGGCCUCAACAUGGUUGUGCCAAAAGAGGUUGUGGGCGACAACGUCGUCACCGUCUUCGGUCACGUCCCGGGGGUCAAGCCGGGUGCCAAGUUCAAGGACCGAGGCGGGCUGUACGUCGCGGGCGUGCACGCAACCCUCAUGAAGGGCAUCCAUGCGCCCCCCGCCAAGCACCCCGACUAUUCCCGCGGCGCCUACAGCGUGGUGAUGAGCGGCGGCUACAUCGACGAUGAGGACAUGGGGGAGAGCUUCUGGUACACCGGGGAGGGCGGCAUCGACAAGAACAAGCGACAGGUGAAGGACCAGUCCUUCGACACCGGCUCCAACGCGGCGCUGCGCAACAACUGCGACACGCUCACCCCGCCCUCCAAGGACGGGCCGCUGGUGUGCAAGUUCCUGCUGUGCGGCCUGCCCGGGCACAGCACCGUCAACACCAAGGUCGAGUUCGGCAUCUUUGGCGGUGCGGGUAGUGCCAGCUCGCUGAGUGUGCGGCGGCUGGCGGGCGGCGCGGGAGGGGGCCAGCCGCACCCAGCCAAGCGGGCCAGGCAGGAGCGAGACAGGAGGGCGGCGGAGGCGAUACGAGCGGCCAUGUUGGAGGAGAUCCGGCGGCGCUACCCACCCUCCGUGCUGCUGAGUGAGGACAUCAGCGGGGGGCAGGAGCCGGUGCCCAUUCCCCUGCUCAACGAGUUGAGCCGGGAGCAGCUGCCCGCUGGUUUCCAAUACACCCGCGAGUACGUGUGGGCGCCCGGGGUGUAUGAGCUGGUUGCCCCCGUGCUGGCGUUCGCUGACGAGGAGAUGCGCGAGUUCACGCGGGCGGGGGAGAGCGGGCAGUGCGGGGUGGCGUUCAACCGCAUGAUCCGGGCCAAGGACCUGGCGCUGGGGGACAAGCUGCCCAAGGGCUGCUGGGUAGAUGGAUGGAACGUUUGAACGCUACGAGCCGCACAUGGAGGAGCAGUACAACUCCGCGGGCUGCCUCAUGGUGACGGACCCGUGCGGCGUGCACGAAUGCGGCGAGACGUGCACCAGCGCCGCCUGCCGCCGCAACAAGCAGCUGAGCCAGGGUGUUGCGCUGCCGCUGGAGGUGUUCAUGACCGCCAGCAAGGGGUGGGGGGUGCGGUGCCGCGAGGAUAUCCCCGCGGGCGCCUUCGUGUGCUGCUACGUGGGGCAGCUGGUGACGGACAGCAUGGCGGAGGUGCGCAAGGGCGCGGACCACUACCUCUUCGACCUCGACUUCUUCACGCACGUGUACGCGGAGAUCAAGGAGAAGGGGCUGGACGCCAUCAAAGAGGAAAUCCCCGUGCACAAGAUCCCGCCCGUACCAAACAUGGAGCUGGUACGGCAGAUCCAAGCAAACGCGGCAGCUGCCGUACGCGCAGCCCGGCAGCGCGAGGCCGCCACCGCCACCACCGCCACCGUUGAGGCUUCGUCUGCGGCUGCGAAGGGGGCUGCAGCUGCUGGCUCCGCUGCCGCCUCGGGCGGACCCGCUUCCGCCGCCUCGGGUCCGGACGUGGGUGUGUCCGAGGGAGUGAUGGCUCCUGCGGAGGUGGCGGCGGCGGCGCGUGGCCUGCUGGCGUCCUGCCGGGCGAUAGCGGCUGCGGAUGAUAGUGGCGCCGCCGCGGCGGCGGCGGCGGCGGGGCCCUCCUCGGCAGCGGCUCCCAUGACAGCGGAGGCGGCGACAGCAGCUCCCGCGGCGCUCGGGGGAUCUGCAGCCAAAUGCGCGGCGCUGCAGAGUGCUGCUGCCACGGCGGCGGAGGCGGCUGCUGAGGACCCGGGGGCCUUCUACCUGCAACCCAUCUUCAGUCGGGAUGAGGCAGGGGUCCCGGCUGGGGCGGCAGGAACAAGCAGCGAGGGCGCGGUGGAGGGCGCAGACGGGGACGAGUAUGCGCCGGUCCUUGUGAUCGACGCGCAGGGCACCGGUAACGUGGGGCGCUUCAUCAACCACAGCUGCUCCGGCAACCUGACCAUCCAGGCGGUGUUCGCCGGGCACUUCCGAAAUACCAUGCUGUAUCACGUUGGCCUCUACGCGAUGGAGAACAUUCCCAAGUUUGCAGAGCUGACGUACAACUACGGCUACCACAGCAAAAGCAGCCAGGCGGGCCGGGACGGUGUGUACGGCAUGAAGUGCUGCUGCGGCCACCCCCAGUGCAUCGGACAGCUCAUGUAGCGCCGCCCGAGGGAGAGCCGCGGUGUCGGGUUGUGAUGCCAGGUUUUCCAAGCGACCUUUCCUGGUGUCGUACUGGGCCAGUGCUGCAGCCGAGUUGCGGCACAUGCAAGAUGAUCUGGCUGGGUGCUGCUGCUGCUGCGACGGCGGCGGCCCUCUUCCCGUGUGUGAGUUGUAAUGGCGCUGUUGAGAGCCGUUGGCGGCAAUUGGUGGUCAUUGCGGUGCCCUGCGCACAUGCACCGCUGCUGCCAAGCGUGACGUGCGCAUUGUUGCCAUACAGGAUACUGCGUUGUGUAGCUUCUUGCGGGGGUUGGAGGGGCCUGCAUACGUCUGCGUAAUGAGGUGGUGACUGGUGAGGUUAGGGUAAGGAGAUUGCAUUGCCUUCGCGUCGGUUGGACCCUUAUGACGUGGAGGUGCUUCAGCUUGCAGGAAUUACACCAUUAUGACGCCUUUACAUACAGCAUAAUGACUGAGUGGCCGGGAUAAGGACAAGCAAACUUGACCGUGGAAACCGUGGCCUUGUAUCUGCAGCGUGUCGUUUUGUUCGGCUUUAUUACCGUACCUCCCAGUGAUCAUCGCGCAAAAAUAAAUAAUUAUUAGGAAAAAUGUGCAAUAACGCGCAAAAUUAAAUAAUUGGUCCGGGGCCUGCGCGUUAAUAAAAAAUAACUCCCCAAAGGACUGCGCGUUAACUAAAAAAUUGCCCAUGGUGUGGCCCCCAGUGCGUGCUGCCCCGAGGUUCCGGGUUUCACUCUUUCCUUGGCCCCAUCCAUACCCUCACCCGAUCUGAACCAUUCUGCUUUGGGUGUCUGCAUUUCCAUUGCUCUGCUUUCCGGCCUUUCUAGUGUAAGCUUUAUGCUAAUACAUUACUACUUUUAAGGCUGCGCGAAGUGGAAUAUAAUUGCUCAGACCCCUGCGCGUUACAAAAAAAUAAUUCCUUACAGCGCUGCGCGUUAAAUAAAAUAAUCCCUAAAUUUCCUGCUGCGCGGUGAUCAGACACAGGUACGGUAUUCACUUCUGUGUUCCUCUUGCGUUCAGGCCGCUUUGCUUGUUUUGGCUACUCCCGCUGUUGACGCCCAAUGUAUGAGCAGGUAGA